CGACGAGCAAGAUCGCGUUUCCUCUCGUUCAAUGCGCUCGAACUGCGAGACUUGUAGGUGUCGUGGAAGCUUGGCGUGUCCACCUUUGCAUUGAUGUGAGAUUGAUUUCCUCGCCAAGGAGUGGUCCCGCGAGACUGGGCCUCUACCGUAGCGGAGACAGCGAUGGAGGAGGACUGCGAAGAGUCUUCAUCGGCACGUGCCUUUUACAGUUGCGAUUUCGACUGGCAAGAGCUCCGGGAAGAGAUCGAGGGGGCGAGGUCUCCUGAAGUUGGAAGCACCGGCAUUGAUGUGAUACUGGAGGCGGAGCGAAGCCGCGGAGCUGAUGGUGGAAAGCCAGCAUUUUGUCCUUCGGCAUGGGAAGCGUUUCACAGGAACCACUCGAAAGCUCUCUUCUUCAAAGAGCGACGAUAUCUGGUGAAAGAGUUCCCUGAAUUGGUCGACAAUCCUCGAGCUAUCUCUGUUUUAGAAGUUGGCUGUGGCACCGGGAGCUCUGUGGCUCCCAUAUUGCGGGCGAACAAAAAUGCGACGUGUUAUGGAUGCGAUUGCAGUGCCGCUGCUUUGGAUCGAGCCGAGCUGCUGGUGGCGGGUCAAGCUGGGUUGCUGGAGUCUCAGAACAAGAAGUUCCGGCCAUUUUUGUGUGACAUUUCCGUGCAAUCUUUUCCCUCCUGGCUUUGCUGUUCAUCCUGUCGAGCAACGUCCCUCCAGAGCUGUGGUCCCAGCCAGGACGACAAUGGUGUAAACAGUCGAUCAACUUCCGCUGAGCAGAUGCAGCAAUCAUCAGAAGGCUCGUGCUGUGUGGGGGGAGUGUCGAUUGUGAUGUUGAUAUUCACACUUUCUGCUAUCCCUCUGGAAAGGAUGCGGCAUGUCUUGGCAGAAUGUGCUGCGGUUCUCAGACCUGGCGGCCAUCUCCUCUUUCGAGACUAUGGUCUGUACGACAUGACCAUGCUCAGAUUCCCCUCAGCGCAGAAGCUUGCAGACAGGUUAUACUUCCGGAAAGAUGGCACUCUGUCCUACUUCUUCUCCCUGGAAGUCGUCAGAGAACUUUUGACGAGCGUGGGACUCGUCGAGGAAGAGCUCCAGUACGCUUGUGUGCAGCUGGUCAACCGACGGAAGCAGGUUCCGAUGAAGCGCGUUUGGGUGCACGCCAAAUUCACGAAGCCCGAGACGGCCGCUGUCUGCACCCGAUGAGUCUUGGUUUACAAGUUCUCAGGAGAAAGUAUCUGCAGUGGCAGGAAAAUGCAUGACUGAGCAGUGUCCAUCAGAAAUAUUGUGCACCUCCGACUUAUUCUAUGAGUAGGGAGUGUCACUUCAGAUUGCUGAACCAACCAGGAACAACCAAGUACAACCAGGAACGAGAGCGUGAGCGUUCGUUGCCUUAGCAAGACGACAUGUAGAUCGAUCGACUGAGUGGUCGACGAAAGGUCGGCAAAUACCAGCCUCACGAUGUUGUACCGGAAAACUCCUGAAUGAUAUCAUUGGUCUUCCAUGGAUGAAUGCCAGGCCGAAUUGAGGCCAUGGGAAUAUCAGAGUGAUUGAUUGUUUGUGUCAACCUUUUUGGUGCUUGACUUUUCAAUUGGACUCAUGUCGAGAACCGAUGUAGAGUGUGAGAUGUUCAAGACGACCAUGGGGCAUGGUUAAACGCUACCAACCUUAGCGGUGGAUUGGAAUCCCAGUCACGUCCAUCAUUUCUUCACGUUUCGCUUUAUGGAAACCAUAUAGGACGUGCACGCAAGUGGUCACAGAUGUGGCAGCAAAUGCUUCAGGGAUUUUAGUCCUUGGGAUCAAACUGUUCCCGCCAUGUUGCCACCCUCUGCUGCCAAUGGCCAUCCCAACAGAGCAGAUUGCCAGGAGGCAGGGAACAGCGGGCCACUCAUCCAUGUUUGGUCAAGGUGCAACUGUAAAUUCGGUCUUGGAUGGAUGUGGCAGGGCUGGAAGAUCUGUUGGCAGGGUGGGUGUCCAGGGUGCCUAUCUGCAGCAAUCAUCGUG